ACACGGCGACGCGUCUCGACGCGCGACGGCGACGGCGCGAGCGACGGCGCGAGCGACGGCGACGAUCGACGCGCGACGCGCGCGCGCGAGCGAACAUGGGCCAGGGACAGAGCGCGGACGGCGGCGACGGCGCCGACGGACGCCACGGCCGGGGCAAGAAGAAGGAAAAGAAGAAGUACGUCCCGCCCGCGCCGCCGAUGCGCGUGGGAAAGAAGAAGAAGAAGACCGGGAUCGAGGGCAGCACGCGAUUGCCGAACGUCGCGCCGCAGUCGAAGUGUAAGCUGCGGAUGCUGAAGCUGGAGCGGGUGAAGGAUUAUUUGCUGAUGGAGGAGGAGUUCGUGGGGAAUCAGGAGCGGUUGAAGCCGCGAGAGGAGCGGGACGAGGACGAGCAGAGCAAGAUUGACGAGAUGCGGGGGGCGCCGAUGAGCGUGGGGUCGUUGGAGGAGAUCAUCGAUGACACGCACGGGAUCGUGUCGUCGUCGAUCGGGCCGGAGUAUUACGUGAACAUCGCGUCGUUCGUGGACAAGAGUCAGCUCGAACCGGGGUGCGCGGUGCUGUUGCAUCACAAGAAUUCUGCCGUCGUGGGGACUCUGGCGGACGACGUCGAUCCCAUGGUGAGCGUGAUGAAGGUUGAUAAGGCGCCGUUGGAGUCGUACGCCGAUGUUGGGGGAUUAGAGGAUCAGAUUCAAGAGAUCAAGGAAGCCGUGGAGUUGCCGCUGACGCACCCCGAACUGUACGAAGACAUCGGCAUCAAGCCGCCGAAAGGGGUGAUCUUGUACGGAGCUCCGGGAACUGGGAAGACGCUGUUAGCUAAGGCGGUGGCGAACUCAACGAGCGCGACUUUUUUGCGCAUCGUUGGAUCUGAAUUGAUUCAAAAAUACUUGGGCGACGGCCCGAAGCUCGUGCGCGAGCUCUUCCGCGUCGCCGACGAGAUGAGUCCCUCUAUCGUUUUCAUGGAUGAGAUCGACGCCGUCGGUACGAAGCGAUACGAUUCUCAAUCGGGCGGCGAGCGCGAGAUCCAACGUACGAUGUUAGAGUUACUGAACCAGAUGGAUGGUUUUGACUCGCGCGGCGACGUCAAGGUCAUCAUGGCUACGAAUAGAAUCGAAUCGCUCGACCCCGCGCUCUUACGCCCGGGUCGAAUAGAUCGAAAGAUUGAAUUCCCUUUACCGGACGUCAAGACAAAGCGACACAUUUUCAACAUUCACACCGGGCGCAUGAACCUUUCCGCCGACGUACAGUUGGAGGAAUUUGUCAUGGCCAAGGACGAACUCUCGGGCGCCGACAUCAAGGCGCUUUGCACCGAAGCCGGUUUGCUCGCCUUACGUGAGCGCCGAAUGCAAGUAACGCACGCCGACUUCAGCAAGGCUAAAGAAAAGGUUUUGUACAAGAAGAAGGAAGGCGUGCCGGAGGGAAUGUUUACGUGAUUAGAACCGUUUUAGGAG